UCUGCAAACAAUAACAUCCCUUCGGUCGAGGAAAUUCGGACUGCAGUAAAAUCUACCUUUGGCUUCACUCCCUGCCCAUGGCAAAUUCAGUCUGCUCAGGCACAGCUUGCAAAGAAAGAUGUCAUUACCAUAUCACCCACUGGCUCCGGAAAGACACUGUGCUUUUGGAUACCGUUGUUGUUUGAUGACAAUCGAAUAAUAAUCUUGGUCACCCCCCUA